AUGCGGUUCCUCUCCGGCAUUGUAUCCGUUCUGUCCUCGUUGGCUCUGUUGGGAUACGCGUACCCAUCUUCAAUCGAUGUUAGAGGUAUCCCAACUACCCAGCUCGAUGACUUCAAGUUCUGGGUGCAAUAUGCUGCAGCCACCUACUGCCAGCCCAACUAUGUCGCCCCAGAGGGUACCAAGCCAACCUGUUCCGUGGGAAAUUGCCCUGAUGUAGAAGCAGCCGACACUUACAUCAAAUACAGUUUCUCCAACAAAACCAUCGCUGACACCGCCGGCUUUGUUGCCGUAGACAACACCAACAAGGCUAUAGUCAUCGCCUUCCGCGGAUCCUACUCAGUGCGCAACUGGAUCACAGACGCGACCUUCCCCCUAACCGACCCGGGGCUCUGCGAGGGCUGCCAGGCCGAACUGGGUUUUUGGACCGCCUGGAAGCUCGUCCGCGAUGACAUCCUCACCAUCAUCAAGGACCUCAGAUCCCAGCACGCAGAGUACAAGGUCGUUGUCGUGGGCCAUAGCCUCGGCGCAGCCAUCGCCUCACUCGCGGCCGCUGACCUGCGUACCGAGAACUACGAUGCAAUCCUAUAUGCCUAUGCUGCGCCGCGCGUGGCUAACAAGCCUCUGGCGAAGUUCAUCACGGACCAGGGCAAUAACUAUCGCUUCACUCAUCGCGAUGAUCCCGUGCCGAAGUUGCCACUUUUGACUAUGGGUUAUGUCCAUGUUAGUCCGGAGUACUAUAUCACUGCCGCCGAUAACGCUACCGUCACUGAGAAGGAUGUUUCUGUCUUGGACGGAGAUGUGAACUUCAAAGGCAAUACGGGGACCGGGCUGCCUGAUGUUUUGGCGUUUCAUUCGCACGUUUGGUACUUUAUUCAUGCGGAUGCUUGCAAGGGGACUGGGUUGCCUUUGAGGUAA